UAGAUAAAAACAAAAUCUUGUAAGAAUAAUUUUCUAAGGUGGAUAUGGUAACUAUGAAUUCUGAAAAAUCGGCAUGUUGCCGAAAAGCAGGCAAAAGCAGUGAUAUUGGAGGAACAACUGAUCAACUAAGGCGUAGAGAUAAUCAGAGAAAUCAAUGUAACAACCAGAAUGGGGAGACAUUCGACAAAAAUCAAAGUGGUCUUACAUAUCACAUCACUGCCUCGUGUGCCGAAGAUACACCCAAUUACCUUGUAUUCCAGAAAAUGGAAGCUAUCGUAGAGAAAAUGUCAGACGAAGUAACAGGCGUCCCAGUAAAAACAGUGAAGAGCUUUAUGACAAAAACGCCUUCAGUUUUUACAGGCACAGAUUUAAUAUCAUGGAUGAUGAAGACUAUGAUUAUAGAUGAUCAAGAGGCUCUUCAUGUGGCACAUCUUAUGGCAUCCCAUGGAUAUUUUUUCCCUAUUGACGACCACUGCCUUACCGUAAGAAACGAUAAUACGUUUUACAGGUUUCAAACACCGUAUUUUUGGCCAUCAAAUUGUUGGGAACCAGAGAACACGGAUUAUGCUGUUUAUUUAUGCAAGAGAACGAUGCAGAAUAAAACUCGUUUAGAAUUAGCAGAUUACGAGGCUGAGAAUUUAGCGAAAUUGCAGAAGAUGUUCUCGCGGAAAUGGGAAUUUAUCUUUAUGCAAGCAGAGGCGCAAAGUAAAGUUGACAAAAAGAGGGACAAGUUAGAGCGCAAAGUGUUGGACAGCCAAGAAAGAGCUUUCUGGGACGUAUAUAGACCAAUGCCUGGUUGUGUCAACACUACAGAAUUAGAUAUUAAAAAAGCAUGUCGUAGUUACAAGCCAACUUCAGAAUCAAGUAAACAUGUACAUUUAGGAGCUAGUGGUCGAGUUCCUUCGCAAUCAGGGUCGAAUGUACCACCAUCGGUGGAAGCAUUACGUAAAGAGAUUGAAGUAUUGAAUAGUAUAUUAGACAGACCGAACGCAAAAGUAUCAAAAGUUUCAGAGGCUCUCAUUGGAUAUUUUGAACAGUAUGUAGAGUAUGAUCCUUUUUUUAUACAACCUGAAUUCACAAAUCCAUGGAUAUCCGAUAAUCCUGAAAUGUGGGAACAAGAGAAAUUAGCGAAAGAAGUGUCGACAAGAAGAGUGAAAAGGUGGGCUUUCAGCCUCCAAGAACUGUUACAGGACCCUGUUGGCAGAGACCAGUUCAUACGGUUUCUGGACAAGGAAUUCAGCGGUGAAAAUUUAAAAUUUUGGGAUGCUGUUCAGGAAUUAAAAACUUUGCCCCAGAAAGAAAUUCAAACUAAAAUAAACGAGAUCUGGAACGAGUACCUGGGCCCAGACGCCAGUUGCCCGAUCAACGUUGACUCUCAGUCUUACGAAAUAACGAAGAAGAAUUUGCAGAAACCCGAUCGAUGGUGUUUCGACGUAGCAGCGGCGCACGUUUAUCACCUGAUGAAAAGCGAUAGUUACUCGAGGUAUCUACGGUCGGAAAUGUAUAAGGACUUUCUCAAUGGCUCGAAGAAAAAGACUUCUGUAAAAGGUAUUCGUUCUAUCGUGUCGUUCAGCGGACGAAGGGACACAACCACCUCCUAAUAAGUACAAUAUCCGUUUUUCGGUUGCGGAAGUAAUUCCAACACUUGAGUUGUAUUUCCGUUCUCAGACCGAUUCGAAGAGGAACACCGUUUAAUUAAUUACUGUAAAAUCUGCUCAUCCUUCUGCAAAUGUAAGUACAUCAAUACUGUUCACAUAGAGCACAAUCGUUUCUCUUAAUGUACCGUCAGUCAACCCCCCCCCGCCCCCAGAUUCAUUUCUCUGUGAAAAGGAAAAUGAUCCGUAAUCGUUAAG